AUGCCGGAGGUCUUACGGCGCUUGGUCGGUGGAGCCGUGCUAACGUCGCUUUCACCGCCGCUACCAUCGUCGUCGCUACCGUUGCCUCCGCUGCGGCUGCUGGUGAAGCCGUGGUUGCCUUCGGUUUCUUCAUCGUCAUCAUCCUCCGACGACCCACCAAGGAGGAAGUUUCCUGCUACUGAAUCCUCCUCGGUUGAGGAGGAAUCGGCUCCUGCUUCUGAAGAAGAGAAGAAGUCUUCUUCCCAGAACGCAUCGUCUUCUUCAUCCUCCUCCAGUUCAUCGCCAAAGACUAUCGAUCCUGUUGCUGUUGAGCACCGGGCUAACAACAUCCUUGGCCCGGAGACCUCCACAGGAUACAAGGUUAUCAAGCAAAAACUUGGAGGGAUGCGCACCAAUCACGUUUUCAAAGCCAACCCCCCAUGCAUCACUGCCAUGAAGCACAAGGCGGCCGAGGACAACAAGACAGAUAAACAACUGAGCAAGACAGCGAAGGCCUCCGAAGGCGGUGCUGGCAGCUCUGCUACGAUGCAGCAUGAAAAGAAGAACAGGAAACGCGGGGCGAACGCCAGCAGCAGGCAGAUGCGCUCCCGCCUCCUUGAAGUGGUGUUCUCGGAUCCCCUUCUGCUUCAAGACAAAGGGGAUUCCGAAGAUGCAGUGGAGUCAAGCGACCCCUGUGUCCGCAGCACCUCCGCCCCCCUCAAAUAA